GAGCCUUAGAGAGAUGUCUCCGCCGAUGGACCCUCCCUAGUGACACGUUCACACAAGGGACAUGGCUGCGAGGGAUUGCAGGCAGAGGCAAUACAUUAUGCGCAACAGAUGUUUCCUCCUCGUCACCGGGACAGUGAUUGGCUUCUGCUUCUUAUUUUUGUGCUGCAGUUUCACGAGGACUAGUCUUAACAAAUUCUCGAACGUUCAAAUCACAUUAAAAUUGGAAAGUCAAGCUAGCGGUGACGAUUCCACUAUGGCAGUGGAGAAGAGUGAAGGUACGACGUCCUACCCUCAACUCUACGACGAACAUUUUGUAGUGAAAACCAGGGAGUGCCGGAUCCCAAACUUUGAUCCAUAUGACAAAUCCAUCAGGUCUUAUGUCCGUCGCUUGGAUCCGAUAGACUGCUCCAGAGAUUUUCCCAAUUUGACUUAUUCUAACGGUCACCAGAUCUUCCUCAACAACCACGUUGUACCAAAUGUUCUGCGUGGAAAUCCUCCUAUUCGCUUCCACUGCUGUUACAGACCAUUUUUCAGGAACCAGAGACCAUUAAAUGACGACGACAAUGUCGUACAAGUGGACUGCAUCCCUCUCCUGAGCGGAUCCCCAAUCGGCUUCGAGUUCGUCAAGGUGGAAUGCUACAACAUGGAUACGCUAGUCUACGUAAACUUUCACGCAUUCGUUCAUGGCAAGAUGUCCUACGAGCAUCGAUACAGAAAUUUAGACAGCGACCAACCUGUUCCAAAAUUCCAACACAGUGUUCUGAUUGUUGGCGUCGACGGCGUUUCGCGGCUAAAUGCUCACCGCCAGUUUCCCGAAACCAUAAGGCUUCUUAAAAAGCAAGGCGCCGUAGAAAUGUACGGUUACACUAAAGUAGGGGACAACACUUUUCCAAACCUCGUGCCCCUACUGAGCGGUCUCAAAGUACAGGAACUCCCUCGUGGUGUCUGGCAGGAUAACGAGCCACUAGAUAACAUCCCUUUCAUCUGGAAAGACUUCGCCAAGAACGGGUGGGCCACGCUGUACGCUGAAGACACCCCAGUCAUCUCAACAUUCAACUACUUAAAACGUGGUUUCCUGGCCCAACCAACGGAUUACUACUUCCGACCUUUCAUACUGGAGUACGAAAGAUCACUGGGACGGCGAAAGCCGCUGAACUGUUACGAAUGUGUCGGAUCAAUAUCCGAAACCGAAGCCGUUUUAAAGUGGUUGUCAGUGUACGUUCAACACACAUCUCGGAAACCAUCAUUCGCGAUCGCGUGGAUCAACAGCGUCACUCACGACGAUUUCAACGGCGGAUCCAGAGUAGACAACCUUUACAAGUCCUUCUUCGAACACCUCUACAAGGAGGUCUUCCUGGAGAAUACGAUCGUUCUUUUUUUGAGCGACCACGGUCAAAGAUGGGGAGAACAUCGCGAAACCUACAUCGGGAUGAUGGAAGACAGACUUCCGAUGCUAUUCGCCGUCUUCCCGCCCACCUUCCGACGUCAUCACCCGGACGUCAUGAGGAACAUCCAUAUAAACUCGCAUCGUCUCAUCACUCCAUUCGACGUUCACGCGACGCUUCAGAAUCUCAUUCGCUUCACUGGCGACGCACGGCCUCUGGACGUCGACAGUUACCCGGAUCCGCUGCAGGACGUCGUCAGCAAGCGAGCGUUGAGCCUUUUCGCCGAGGUGCCAUCGAACAGGACUUGCACGGAGGCGGCAAUCGACGAACAAUGGUGCGCGUGCAAGCCCACUAUGGAGGAGUCGACCAGCAAGUGGAACGUUCAGAAGGCCGCCUUAUACUUAGUGAGCUACAUAAAUGCGUUAUUGCGUAAUGUCUCUAGUCGAUGUGCAGUGCUGAAGGUACAUAGUAUCAGGACUGCUAGGGUCCACGUUGUUGAGGCGGAGGAGGACGAUUUGUUGGAUUACACUAUAACGCUGGAAACAGUGCCAGGGAAUGCUAUAUUUGAAGCAACGGUAAGAGUGUUUACUGACACAAGGGCACCGCAGGUUCUCGGAGACAUUGCCAGGUUGAACGUUUAUCGGGGUCAAUCGGAAUGCGUACAGACGGCCAGCUUGAAGAAGUUUUGUUUCUGUACAGGCAUGCUGGGUACAACGUUUCGACGAUAAACGUCCUCUAAUAAAGAGUUGUGUCCUUGCCCAUUCCCAUGGACCCGAACCUUUGUUAGUCCCCUGGGAGGCACCGAGUCGUGGAGACGCAGUUCUCGAAGAGGCUUUCGUGCGAACUUUGAGCGAAUACAACCGUGAACGUGAUGGAGGAGCCAGCAAUCUGGAAUAGAAGCACCAAAAUGUG